AUGUCAUCACAAAGAAAACUCAACGCAUACUUGGAACGCAAAGACUCACUAAUAAACCAAUACCGCUCUCUCGAAUCCGAAUUCUCUUCUGAUCAACAAACACCCUUUUACGUGCUCACCAAACUCGACGAAUUAGUUUACGAAUACAACGUUUGCAAAUCAUAUUUCGAAACUCAGCAAUUGACACAUAAACCCAGCUUACCUGGGGAGACUAUACGACAAACGGAAACUAAGCUCAGACUCAUUAGUGAGAAGAUAAGGAGUAUUGAGGAUGAAAUCCGCUUUGAUGAGUUGGCGACUCAAGUGCCGAGAUUGAGUAUCGCGAGAAAGGAGAUCACUGAGAAUGCGAAAGAGGCAGGGAAGAUUAUUCAUAGUCAUGAAGGGUUGAAUCCUAAGCAUCAGUGGCGGUUGUUGGAUCCUCGAAUAUAUGAGUUGAAGAAGAAUGUGAAGCCGAAACCUAAUCUGAAAAGGGUCAAGAAGGAAAAGGUUGCUAAAAAGUAG